AUGCCCAGAUCCUUGCGCUGUAAUACAGCGCUAAUACAGCAAUCCCACCAUUGCGAUUUACGUACACUGCUGGCUUCCUCCUAUUUCAUUGGUUUAGCGCCCCUCCUCGCUCCUGGGCCUCCAUUGCGGCCCCGUCGUUGUCUGUCAAUAUACGUGCUCCUCUGUCUGCACGUUGGCACACGUGUCACACUUACGCCGGCGGACUUCUGCAAGUCCCCCGACGUCGCCUGUUCCCCGCUUGUAUUUAGCUCUGUCCAGCGGUCCUGUAACCGGACGUGCGGGGGUAAGGGUGACCCCACCGCGCCUUGCCCAAAAUCGCAAAAAGCAGACAGUUGUCCUCCGGUAAUUGGAUCUACUAUCUUUUAA